AACCCCGGUAAUUGACAAAGAUCUGGCCUUUCGUGAGAACCCACGACUGCCUAUCAAUGCGGACCACGGGAGAAGCGAGGGAAAGUUCCCCGAAAAGCGCCCUCCUUUAUCGAAUCUCGCCAACGAACCCCGUGCGAGAAAUGGCAACGAGCCAGCGCGAAUGAUCUCCCUUGCCUUUCUCUGUUCCCCCACGCGGCUUCCCACCUUCGCAUGUCGUGAGCUCGAAGCUUUUCGCGCUGUUCGUAACAGAAAUCCCUCUCGCCUUCAGUCAGCGUCUCUGGUUUUUGAUCAGACGGCGAAAGCAGCAGCGUUCGCUUGGUGGGUUGCGUUAGCGGAGCGAAUCUUGAACUUUUCGGAGAUCGGGACUCUCGGCAAUCUGAUUCGCCAAGAACCCAUUUCCAUGUGAUUCCCCGUACUCGUCAGAGCUUGAAUUCCCAGUCAAGGCAGCAAUGGCAAACCCAGACUCCGAAUCCUUUUCUCCAAAUGACUUCCGCAUUCCCAGUUACCUUAUUGUCCCCGAUUCAGAGGAUAAGGAUGAUUCGGUUGAACCUCAGUGGCCAGUGUUGGUGUUUGUCAACUCGAAAAGCGGCGGCCAGCUGGGAGGUGACCUCCUCGUAACAUAUCGUUCUCUUCUUGGUGAACACCAGGUUUAUGAUCUGGGAGAAGAGGCUCCAGACGAGGUUUUGCGCAGAAUCUACUUAAAUUUGGAAAAGCUGAGAUCAAACGGGGACACGCUUGCCCUUCGGAUCCAGCAGCAAUUAAAAAUAAUCGUAGCAGGAGGCGAUGGGACAGCAGGUUGGCUUCUUGGAGUUGUCAGUGAUCUCAAAUUAUCUCAUCCUCCUGCGAUUGCAACGGUGCCCUUGGGUACUGGAAACAACCUCCCUUUCUCAUUUGGAUGGGGUAAGAAGAAUCCUGGGACUGAUCAUUCAUCAGUUGUGUCGUUCCUCAAGCAAGUGAGUGAGGCAAAGGAGAUGAAAAUCGACAGCUGGCAUAUUUUGAUGAGGAUGAAAGCACCCAAAGAAGGUUCCUGUGAUCCCAUUGCACCCCUUGAACUACCGCAUUCUCUGCAUGCUUUCCAACGUGUUUCUUCGACAGAUGAACUGAACAUGGAAGGUCGCCACACAUUUCGCGGGGGAUUCUGGAAUUACUUUAGCAUGGGCAUGGAUGCUCAAAUAUCCUAUGCAUUUCAUUCAGAGAGGAAGGCGCAUCCUGAAAAAUUCAAAAAUCAGUUGAUUAAUCAGAGUACUUAUGCAAAGCUUGGGUGUACUCAAGGAUGGUUCUUUGCUUCUCUUUUUCAUCCUUCUUCACGGAAUAUAGCUCAGCUGGCCAAAGUGAAGAUUAUGAAAAGGCAUGGCCAAUGGCAAGAUCUCCACAUACCACACAGCAUUAGGUCAAUUGUCUGUCUCAACUUGCCCAGCUUUUCUGGUGGACUUAAUCCGUGGGGGACACCAAACAGCACAAAACGGAGUCAGAGGGACUUGACCCCACCUUAUGUUGAUGAUGGUCACCUCGAGAUUGUUGGUUUUAGAGAUGCCUGGCACGGUCUUGUAUUGCUUGCCCCAAAUGGGCAUGGGACUCGUCUUGCUCAGGCACACCGCAUCAAGUUUGAGUUUCACAAAGGUGCAGCUGAUCAUACAUUUAUGAGGGUUGACGGGGAACCGUGGAAGCAACCGCUACCCCUGGACGAUGACACUGUUGUGGUGGAGAUUUCUCACCUUGGUCAGGUGAACAUGCUUGCCACCCACGGUUGCCGGGCCAAGAGCAUCCAUGAUCCGUCCACACCAAGCCACCACGAUGACGAGGACAAUGACAGUGGUGAAGAAGAUUCAGGGGAGGAGUUCAGGAAGUUUGGGGCAGCUGAAACUUUCAAAAUCCCUAAUGAGGUUGACAUUAGUCGUCUUAGUUGAUCUCUUCAGUUUCCUUCUCCUUGAAUCUUUUUCUAAAUAUCGAUCAUGGGAAUAAAUGAUGUUGGGUAAUUCAUUUCAAUAUUCAUACAUAAGCAACUGGAGACCUUUUGCGAUUAGUAUGUUGGAAACAUCUGAAUUGACAGUGUUCAUAUUUUCUUCUCUCGAUAAAUUAUCUCAAUGACAUCCGGCCAUAUGGUUUGUAAAUUUAGAAGGCCGUUACUAUUUCUCAGUCAUGUGGCCUGUACAUGUGUGAUCUCUCCAGGUAAAGUUCGUCUAGCCGACU